AUGUCGGCCCCCGUGUCGAUUGUUUGCCGCAAGCGAUCCUCCUCGGGCAACGAGGACGCUUCUUCCGACGAUAGCUCGCACAAACGUGCGAGGUCGAGCUCCCGCACUCGGAACGCCAACAAGAACCACUUCAACAAUGUGGAUCCCUUCAAGAUGAACAACAUCAAGCAGCUCAUUAACGACGUCGCCGAGAAAAUCGAGAAAAGUCGUCGUGCCAGUAGUGGUCAAACCUCCGAGGCUACCAUGAGCUUCGGCUCCCCGUCCUCUCACACUUCCACCAAAUCCACCACCUCCGGCCAAGUCGACUUCGGCUUCGGCGUCGACACCAGCGGCGACGUCUUCACUUUCCAUCAAAGACCCGUCUACAAAGAGUUGGCUGACUUGCCCACCACUCCGCCGAGAACCGGCAGCGCUCCUUCGUCUCCAGAGCCCCCCAAGAAGAAACGCAGCAGGACCCAGAAGCGUGCCGAUGCCAAGCGCCGGCAGAAGGUCAGAGAGCAGGGCGAGAGGGAAGCGCGCCAAGCCGAGGCAGCCAAAGAAGCUGAAAAGCUCAGGCAAGCCAAGCAGGACGAGAGGCAAGCCAAGCAAGCCGAGACAGCCAAAGAAGUCGAAAAGCUCAGGCAAGCCAAAAAGCUCAAGAAAAAGCUCAACGCUAUCCAGAACAACAGCAUUCCGUCGUCGCCGUCUCCUAUGUUGAUGCAGUUGGACGCACCGGUGGACGAGGACGUCGAAUCCUGGGGCGCCCGCAUCCAGGAUGAGCUCAUCGAGGCCAAGGCUGAGAUGGUGUCGAUGAAAAGGACCAUCGACUUCCUCAUGGCCCAGGUCCAGUAUCUGCAGGCGAAGGCGGACGGGCACGCGGCUAUCAAUCAGGCUGCGCUGAGGGAGAUGCAGGCUGUUCGCAGCGGUGCCGCACGACUCCUUCUCAACCGUUCGGAUAUCACCGUUGAAGACCAUCGGAUUCUGAAGGGCAUCGCGUCCGAGUCGCCAUCGUCGCCGCUCUGA